GCUGGCAAUAGCUUCAUUAUCGACAAUAAAGUCUCGCGCCGCAUUGGGACUUGUUCGAGUUCAUAGCCUAUACUAGUAUGGCGCUAGGCGUAGGUACUUGGUAUAUCACUGUACCAUUUGUACGUAUGUCCCCUCCAAAUAAUUUCAAGACCCUAUGCCUAUGGUAGAGCGGACGACUCAGCGGCUGCUGCAGACUGAAUUGUAGCUGUGUAGCGGUUAGUUCGUUUUCAGUACAAGUCAUGAUGCAAGUUAGCACCUAGUACCUACCAGCUCUAGCUUGCUAACGCCAAACGGCAUGCCGUGGUCUUCCCUGACAGGCUGACUCUGUAUCAGAAUGCGACACGCUAGCAGCCCUGAAAAUACUACCGUAAUAAUUAUUUUCUACCACUAUUACUGCAGUGCAUGUACAUGCACGUGGAUUGGAGGUUGUUAGCUGCAAUACACUAUACAGCGAUUACUUCAAUUCAAGUACCAGCAAGGAAAUCGUCGACUAAUAAGUGAGCCUGCUGUUACUGGUACAGUCUCACGGGCCACAAUAGUCACUCAAUAGUAAUAAACAAGUCGACAGUUGAGCAGUGAAUUAUGUCUGCUACCGUCAACUGCGUAUUGUUUAGCGUGCUGCUGCAUAUGCUCAACAUGUCAGUAUGCACUAUGUCUAUGGGUCGUGUGGACAACACGGGAAAAGCCGUGCACCUGCAGAGCAGUCCACCAAACAUGGUCGUUAUGCUAGCUGAUGACUUUGGCUGGGGAGAUGUUGGAGCCUACUGGCCCAGCGCAACAGAGGAUACACCCAAUAUAGACAAGCUAGCAGAAAGUGGAAUUAAGCUGCUGGAUUUCCAUUCGGCAGCAUCCGUCUGUGCGCCAUCCAGAGCAUCGCUACUGACCGGCCGAAUAGGACUUCGCAAUGGAGUGAUUCGAAAUUUCGAGCCAGCUUCUAUUGGUGGCUUGCCCCUGGCAGAAGUUACGCUUGCUGAGCAAUUGAAGGAUGGAGAUUACCAGACGGGCAUGAUAGGGAAAUGGCACCUUGGCAUGCAUGGUCCAUAUCAUCCACUGAAGAGAGGAUUUGACUUCUACUAUGGCCUGCCGUAUAGCAAUGACAUGGGUUGUACAGACUAUCCAGGCUAUAACCUUCCCAUGUGCAAGCCGUGUCCGCAGCUGCACAGGGAUAGUUUUACAAGCCUAGCAUAUGCCGCACCGCUGAGUGAUUCGAUUGAGGGCAAAGAGAACAUGGCCAGGAUCAGUAAUGCCACAUCAGCACCUAUCGAUUGCGAUCGUUGGAAUGACUCGGUGCCACUCUUUGAUGGGUACAACAUUGUUGAACAGCCUGUAGACCUUCGUCAACUGGCGCAAAGGUAUGAAGAAAGUACAGAACGUUUUCUGGACAAACUUGACACGAAACGGCCAUUCCUCCUCUAUGUUGCUUUUGCACAUAUGCAUGUUCCUCAGCAACACAGCGACGACUUCAUCAAUUCCUCCAAAAAAGGUACCGUGUUUGCAGACACUCUGCGAGAGAUGGAUCACCUUGUCGGUGAAAUCAUGAGUCGUCUUGCUGAGAAAAACUUCACCAAUAACACACUUGUUUGGUUCACUGGAGACAAUGGACCUUGGGAUAGGAAGUGUAAUUUAACUGGAAGUUCUGGACCAUUCGUUGGACAAUGGCAACAGUCUGCUAAUGGUGGCGGUGGUGGUGCAACAAUGAAAACGACAACAUGGGAAGGUGGACACCGUGAAGUUGGAAUUGUGUCUUGGCCAGGACAUAUACAAGCUGGUAGUGUUAGCAAUGCAUUGACCAGUACACUGGACAUCAUGCCAACACUCAUCGCUUUAGCAGGCCUAAAAUUACCAGAUGAUCGGCAAUAUGAUGGACUUGACAUAAGCAAUCUGCUACUGAGCGAGAGUACGCUAGUUGGUGCAAGCUCCGACACACUGAGUGCAUCAUGGAUUCACAACCUAACUUAUCCCAAGUACAGGAUCGACAAUGGUGGCAUGAUUGUUCAACAACAUUCAUUCCAAGUUGACAGACAUAGAAAUGACUUUGGACACGAUCACUUGUUUCACCCAAACUCAGGAGUGGGGAAGCACGGCCUGUUACAAACUGUUCGACUUGGCCAAUACAAGGUGCGCUAUAUUCUAGGGAGUUCUCUAGAUUGUCUUGGCAGAUCUGUACCAACUUCUAUGCUUGAAACACCUCAACUCUUUGACUUAGCAGUGGACCCAGCUGAAAGUUCUCCGCUGAAUGUCACUGAACAUACGGCUAUAAUAAUGAAAGCCAAGCUACUUCUUUCCACUAUCAUGUAUAACAUAUCAGUUGAUAAAACAAGUAGGGCAGAUUUUAGUCUGGACCAGUCAAUUCGACCUUGCUGUGAUGCCAAGAACCCAGUUUGUCGCUGUACAACCUCAACAUGAACUUGAACUGCAUAAGCACAGCUUGGCUGAUCAAGUGAACAUGGUACAUUUACACGUUUUCAGUAUUCUUAGACAUCAGUUUCACGUGUGCUUUCUUUACCCUCUUAUUUUAGACCACAACAGAAACGGGCCCAAUCAUCAACAGUGCUGCCUAACUGUCCGACUUGCCGGGCACUGAAAAUUCAGCUUCCAUCCAUAAACCGGUCUGAGAGAGAACCUCUCCUCUUUCGACAAGGGCCCAGUCACCGGUUGUGGUUCCGUUGUUGCUCCAAAAAAAGUUGCUCAGAAUGCCUGCUAUGGUACCGAUGUCCUAACAGACACUGGGAUAAUAGAGGGUCAUAACAUUGGGGACUCAACGUAAA